CAAACUAUUUUCAAAAUUUUAGUAUCUCACAGAACUCUCUGUCUGAUACACACACUGUUCACUGUACAAUACGCACAACACAGUCUACCGCUCUAGAAUAUUUAAGAAUAGGCCCUAUCUAGUCUAGAUUUUUGUUUUUAAAUUCUAGAUCUAUUAAAGUUAAAGUAGGCUACGGGUAAAAUUCCAUUUUAGCGUAUUUUAUUCGCCGCUUCACGUUCACCUCCGGUUAGGCCAUUGAGCAUAUUUUAUUAUAGAAACAACUGAAACACACAAAAACAUUAAGAAAACACUAGGAUUAGAUCUAGAUUUCUACUUAUUUUUUUUAUGAAAUGAAUGUGUGUUUUAAUAAUUAGAAAAGGAAAAAAGAUUAUAAAUAGGUUCUAAGCCUAUGAUCGUCAGAGGGAGAAAAAUCCAUAUAUGGUCGAGGGUUCACUAUUUCCUGCUCCAAUGACCAACUGUUUGUUAAACAACAUGGCUCCUUAUGACCACUUAUUUCUGUGAUGACUUAGGCAUUGCUGAGCAUGUAGAAGAAAUGCUUCUGGGCCAGAUUUAAUACAGUAUAAAAGCGUAUAAACUGUAGCAUGUAGUAGGCCAUUACACUUGCCUGAACUAUUCAGAGUGAAAUAUUGUCUAGCACAAAAAUGCCUAAAAUGACAAUGUCUAAGGCAUCAAAAGCUAAUGCUAAACAAUUUCCAGUCAAAGUCUUCACAAUGGAUGCUGAAUUAGAAUUUAAGAUUGAGCCCAAGACAACAGGAAAAGAGCUGUUUGAUCUGGUUGGACGCACGAUUGGUUUAAGAGAGACCUGGUACUUUGGAUUGCAAUAUGUUGAUUCAAAGGGUUAUGUUGCUUGGCUCAAAUUAGAUAAAAAGGUGUUGGACCAAGGUGUAUCAAAAGAAUCCCAGAUUCAGUUUACCUUCUUGGCCAAGUUUUAUCCUGAAGAUGUGCUGGAGGAGUUGAUACAAGAGAUUACCCAGCAUCUUUUCUUUUUACAAGUAAAACAGUCAAUCCUUAACAUGGACAUCUACUGCCCACCUGAAGCUUCUGUUUUACUCGCUGCCUUUGCUGUGCAAGCCAAAUACGGGGACUACGACCAGACUACCUACCAGCCUGGCAUGCUGGCAUCUGAUGACCUGUUACCUCAGAGGGUCUUAGACCAGUACCAGAUGACUCCAGCAAUGUGGGAAGAAAAAAUUCAGUUUUGGUAUGCCAAGCGCAGAGGUAUGACAAGUGAUGAAGCAGAAAUGGAGUAUCUAAAAAUAGCACAAGACCUGGAAAUGUAUGGUGUAAACUACUUUCAAAUUAAAAACAAAAAGAAUACAGAUUUGUGGAUAGGAGUUGAUGCAAGAGGCAUUGGAGUGUAUGAUCGAGAUAACCGGCUAUCUCCUAAAGUAGCUUUCCCUUGGAGUGAGAUAAAAAAUAUCUCUUUCAAAGAUAAAAAGUUCUCCAUUAAGAAUGUAAAUAAAAAAGAGCCAGAUUUUAUUUUUUAUGCCCCUAAACCCAGGAUAAAUGAGUUGAUUCUCGAGCUUUGUGUAGGAAACCAUGAGCUUUUUAUGAGAAGGCGGAAGCCAGACUCUAUGGAAAUUCAACAAAUGAAGGCGCAGGCUGCUGAAGAGAAAGCUAGGAAACAGAUGGACAGGUCUAGAUUAGCUAGAGAAAAACAGCUGAGAGAGGAGGCCCAGAGAGAGAAAGAAGAAUUGGAGAGAAGAGUUUAUGCACUACAGGAAGAGAGUAGACAAACGCAAGAAGCUUUAAUGAGAUCUGAAGAGACAGCUGAACUUCUCCAUGAGAAGAUGACAAUAUUAGAUGAAGAGGCUCGGCUGCUGACACAAAAAGCAGCAGAAGCUGAAGCAGAAAUGCAACGAAUAAAACUUACUGCAAUAAAGACAGAAGAAGAGAGAAUGUACUUAGAACAGAGGGCUCGAGAUGCUGAGAUCAUAGCCACUGCUGUUAUAGAGGAUUCAGAGAGAAGAGCUACAGAGGCCGAGCAGUUAAGAGAGGAAUUAAAGAGGGCUCAGCUGGCAGAGAAGGCAGCAAAGAGGAGGCUGGUGGAGUUCACUCAGGGAGAAUAUAAUCAUUUCAUGUUCCCCCCUUUGGCGUCUGAGCUGACCUCCUCAUUACAGUUUACAAACACAGGAUGUUUUCUGGAAGGAGAACUCUAUCAUGGCAACAUUGAUCAGCUUAACCUGGAGAUGGAGAAAGAAAGGCAAGAAUACAUCACAAAAAGUAAAACUUUGCAAGAUCAGCUGAAAGAUCUUAAAACUGAGAUAGAGGUUUUGAAAGUGGGUGAGCGAGCCAGCACAUUGGAUCGGCUCCAUGAUGAGAGUAUACAGAGGGGAGAUUCAAAGUACUCAACCCUUAGGAAGGUGACAGCCAACUCUGCCAAAGCCCGAGUUGCAUUUUUUGAAGAGUUGUAGCAAAGGCUUGAAGCAGGACCUCUCACUGUUAAUAAUCAAUUUCUAACUUUCGUGGGACAUACAGUGAUGAUAAGAAUAUGUUGAAAAGCACACAAAAUCUCCCCUCGUUUUCCCUGUUAUGAUAAUAAAACAUAUACAUCAACACACUUAUGUAAAACAGAUUAAAGAAAAUCUGUAGUUUAUGUACUUAAAUUGUUAACUAUAUAAACUAUUCAAAAUAGCACAUUUUUUUCUGAUAUUUUUUCUCCUUCUUUAGUUCCACUAUUUCAACAAUUUUUUUGCUAGCAGCAUCCAGACAGUCCUUAGGUCAACAAUUCUUGUCCACUGUUAUGUCCACUUACCAGUGCAAUUUAAUAAUUUUAUACUGUUAUUGUGUUUUUGUGUAAAUAUUUCAUUGUUUCAUCAACUCCUGUCGAAUUUGAAUUUCAUUGCAGAAUAUGUUGAUGCAACCCAGUGCAUGAAAACGUAACCAAUGAGUGUAGAUAGUUUGUUUUAUCAAAUAACCUUUUUGAUUUCUAAUCAUAGCUAGUAAUUAAUUUGAGCUAUACCAAAUGCAUUUCUUUAUUUGAUGGUGAUGUGUUUAGUGAUCCAAAGUUGUGACUUACCUUGCAUAUUUUGUGACAUUUUACCAACCCCGUACUUGUGUGGAAGUGGGAUAAAGACUAUUGUGUGGAAUUAGGAUAAAGACUAGACUUUAUAAAAAUCAUAACGAGAUUUGGGAACCAGCAAUUCUUAAAUGGUUGUAAUAAAAAUUACUUUAUUCUGCGCAAUUGAUUCAUAUCAAUUAAAGACAUACUGUUUCAAAAUUUUCACUUUUUUCAUUAAAUACAAA